AAUAUAUAAUCACUCCCUCACAGCUCCCAGCCUAUGUGCUUGGUGGGGAGAUUUAGCUGCUUGUCUGCUGGUAACUUGAUGCAAGUCAUGUGCUAAGUACUUCUAUGUUCAGCUGAAAAAUCAGUUGCCCUUAUUCAAGCUCCUCUAAAGAAGAUCAGCAAGUCUGUUGGGAUCAAGAAGUGAGGAAAACCAUCAAGCCUAACAACAAGGAUAUUUUUGUACAGUUUACCUGUACCCUAACUAAAAAGAGGAAUGGCCUGUAACAGAAACUGUGGGCUCCUCACUGGGGCCAUCAUCGGUGGUGUACUGGCCAUCUUUGGAGGAGUUCUAAUACCAGUUGGAGAUCAUCUUAUAAGCAAAGCAGUAAAAAAGGAAGCUGUCAUUGUCAAUGGUUCCGCUGCUUAUCAAAAUUGGCUUGUGCCAGGAAGCUCAGUUUACAGGGAAUUUUGGAUUUUCCAUGUGUUAAAUCCUUCAGAGGUUAUCAAUGGGUCUAAACCAAAAUUUGAACAAAGAGGACCUUACACAUACAGGGUGCGAUAUUUACCCAAAGAAAAUGUCAUGGAAGGUCAGAAUGGCACAAUAUCCUACAUGUUGCCUAAUAUUGCUGAUUUUGUACCUGAUAUGUCUGUUGGGACAGAAAAUGACAACGUAACCGUCCUCAAUCUUGCUGUUGCAGCUGUACCUGCCUUGUACCCAGGUGGUUUUAUGCAAUCAAUAAUAAACACUUGGAUUCCUCCCAACACAACCAUACUGCAGAACAGAACCAUCAAAGAAAUACUGUGGGGAUACGAAGACCCUUUCUUAAAAAGUAUCCCCUUCCCUGGAGUGAAAGCAACUGUGGGAGUCUUCUACCCAUAUAAUGGGACAAGCGAUGGACCUUACAAUGUGUAUACUGGGACAGAAGAUAUUACAAAAACAGCAAUAAUUGAAAGCUAUAAAAAUAAAAGGACUCUUUCAUACUGGGAAGGUCACUGUGAUAUGGUUAAUGGCACAGAUGGAGCAUCCUUCCCACCAUUUGUUAAGAAGAAUCAGGUACUUCGCUUCUUCUCCUCUGAUAUUUGCAGAUCAAUCUAUGGAGUUUUCUCCGAGAAGCAGGUUGUGAAGGGAAUCACACUGUAUCGUUUCAUAGUUCCUCGUGAAGCAUUUGCAUCACCAACUGAAGUUGGAGACAAUUAUUGCUUCUGCACGGAUCGAGAAAUAUCAGAGAACUGCACAUUAGCUGGAGUCCUGGACAUCAGUGCCUGCAAAGCAAAAAGACCGGUAUAUAUCUCUCUUCCUCAUUUUCUUCAUGCAAGCAAAUCUAUAUUGGAUAAUGUGGAAGGCCUGAGCCCAAAUGAAAAGGAGCAUGAGACAUAUCUAGACAUAGAGCCUGUGACUGGUUUUACACUACGAUUUGCAAAAAGGCUGCAAGUAAACCUCCUUGUGAGGCCUUCAAAAAUUAAGCCUUUAAAAAAUAUUAAAAAACCCUAUGUGUUCCCUCUUCUUUGGCUAAAUGAGUCUGCUGUUAUUGGGGAUGAGAAAGCAGAAAUGUUCAGAACGAAAAUCUCCGGUCGGCUCCAGAUGCUGAGCAUGCUGCAGAUGGCAUUAAUCAUUGGAGGCUCUGUGCUGUUCCUGGCGUUCAUGGGAUCCUUCUUCAUAUGCAGGUCAAAGAAAUUAAAAUAAGUGAAAAGACUUCAGAAGCAGUCAAUGUUUAAUUGAAAUUUCAGCUAAGCAGCUUGUUAAAAUUCAGAGACAAAAGGUAUGAUUCAAGACACAUUUAAUCCAUGUGCUGUGGAAUUCAACAUGUUUUUCCAUUUUGAGAAGACCAGCUUACUAACCCAAAGAAGCUGAAGUUUUUGAAGAUCCACAAUUCUGACAUCACUAAAUAAGCCACUGUGGAAAAUACACUAUCAAAAGACUUUGAAACUUUUUACACAUUUUAAAUUGCAUUCAAGCAGACUGAAGUGGAGGUGCAGUUGGAUUUUAGUCCACCUUCUGCCGUUAUGCAACUUGCUACUCAUUUUCUUCUGGAUUUGCAAGAAAAAUGAAAGCCGCUUGCUGAUGUUCCAUCUCUGAGCACAGACUGGGAAUGAAAACAAUUUGGAACUCAUGCUGUGCUCUAGAUGCUCUCAUUGCAAUAUUUCUCUCUGUUCCCUUCAAGGAAUGGAAGCUGCUGCAAUAGAACUGCUCUCUGUCCUCUAUUCAGGGAUGUGAAUUGCAUUGAAUGUGAAGUUUAUUAUGUAAAGUUACUAACUGUAAUACAUGAAGUUUAUAAAAAACUUACUAAAAUAUGUGGUUCAUACAUUUUAUAUGGAGAUGGCUCAUAGAUACACCACAGUCAUCCAUAUGUUGAUGGAGCUCAUUGACAUGUCUCCACAUGCUGUUUAUUAAUCUGGACCACUCCCUAACUUCCAACCUGCUCCACUGCUCUUCCUGUUGCCUCCUGUAAGCUUUUAUAUCUGCCUCUUGUUUGAACACCAGCCUCUGCAGUGCACUAAGCCCACUUGGCCCACUUCUCCCUUGGAAAAUGAUCUGUCACGUGACAGGCCAAGAGAAAAUAUUCCAAAAUGCUUCAGAGACAGGAAAGACUGAGAUAAUGACUUUGAUCAAACAUCAGAGGGUUCCACUUGCUAUAGAAGCACACAAAUGAAAACAGGUAGCACCAAUUACUUACUGAUAAACCAUCUGCCACAAGGAAAUUUGCGAAACCAUUUGUUUAAUGAGGUGUAUCAGCCUGUAGACAGGUAGCAAACACUGACAUCUCCAUAAAUCAUUGACGUUUUCAAUUUAUCUGAAUGCUGUAUUUUAUUCUGAGAGUAAAUGGGGCAAAUAUGGAGUGUUACGAAGUCUCUUUCCAUGGAUUCAAUAAAUUCAGAUCAAGAGCCUAA